GUGGAGGUAAAGCAGACUAAAUAUUUGUAGGAUAGUCCACAGGCUACAGCACUACAGCAGCAGUUCCACUUUUGUUCAUGGUUAUGUUGCAUGAAAUUAUGAGGGCCAUGUUUUGCCACUAGAAGGGCCUAGAAGUUGGGUCUCGCGACUACUGAGUACUGUAUCGUUUUGCUGUCAUCGCGUGGGUUAAGAGAUUCAACAGAUUGUACUGAACGUUUGUCGUUUAAUUGACAUUCGUCAGUUCUGUCAGGCUCAGUGUUCGCCACUUAUUCUUCCAAUCUCAUUGUCGUCCCUAUCAUUGGCUGAACACGUGUAUAUCGACUCGAAAUUUCGCAUAUUAAAAUGGUGCCAAUUAUUAACUUCAAGGAGGGAUUAUCAUUUGCCGGAUUUGUUGUGAUUGGCGUAAAUUUCCUUAUUUCCGGAUUAUUGAUUAACUUUGUUCAACUUUUACUGUGGGUUUGUUUAAAACCUCUCAGUCCUUUUUUGUUCCGCAAACUUAAUUAUUAUUUCACUUAUGCAGUUUGGGGCCAAAUGGAGUUUCUUGCAGAGUGGUGGUCGAGUUCUACAUGCACAAUCUAUACUGAUGAUCAGACAUGGGAAAAAUUGGGUAGUGAACAUGCAGUCCUCCUACUCAACCAUUCAUAUGAAGUAGAUUGGCUAUUUAGCUGGUUUUUCUGUGAGCAUGUUAGGAUGUUAGGGGGUGCCAAAGCAUUGGUUAAAAAAUCCUUCAAGAAAGUACCUAUUAUUGGAUGGACAGCCUUUUUUUCAGAAAAUGCAUUUCUGGAGAGGAGCUGGGAAAAAGACAAGACAACAUUAGAGAACCAAUUAUCUGAGAUGACUAACUGUCCUGAUCCUGUCAUGUUACAUUUGUUUGCUGAGGGAACAAGAUAUACUCCAGCUAAGCAUGCAGCAUCUGUUGAAUUUGCUCAAAAAACGGGCCUUCCACCUUUGAAACAUUUGUUGGUUCCUCGUACAAAGGGUUUUGUUUCGUCAAUUGAAAAGCUUAGGGGGAAGUUCCCUGCAAUCUACUGUGCUACUAUGGUGUUUGAUAUUAAAGAAGCUGCUGCGCCUGUGUUCAAAAGUUUAGUACUUGGCCGCCCUAUCGCAGCCGAAGUAUUAAUUGAGCGCAUACCUCUUGACGACAUUCCAGAGGAUAGCGAUAAAGCAGCUAAUUGGCUACAUCAGAACUUCCAUCAUAAAGAUAAAAUGAUUGACAUCUUCAAGACCGAAGGACAAUUUCCGUCUUCUCUUCCCGGUCAUCACUUCAGUGGUCCCAUUCGCAGUCAUUAUCGUCCAAGACGUCUUUGGACAUUGCUAACUAUUUUCAUUACAUCUUGUUUAACCCUUCCUCCUGUGUUAAAUGCUUUCUACUCGCUGUUCUGCUCUGGAUUCGUUAACAUCGUGAUAGGAGUUGUUUUAUUAGGACUAGUGAUCGUCGCGUUGCUCAAGUUGAUGGAUCUUAGCAGUGCUAGCAAGGGAUCAGAAUAUGGACACAGUCCUCGUACCAAGACAAACUGAACUAUAUUUCAAGAAAACAUCACACAAAUUUUGUUACAUUACGAAAAGUUGUUUGAUGACUAGAAGUUGCACAUGCUGCUAAUUUUGCUACUGAUUAAUUCUGGAAGUUAGACUUCUUGGAUCAUUUGGAUGCCUUUAACCUUCUAUUUCGAACGCUAAUCUGUGGUGUUCAAUGUUAUUUUUUUUUCUUGCUUUGUUUAAAGAAUUCAAAAAUGUUUUGAGACAUUUAUUGUUAUUGAUUGAUUUCCUUACGCGUCUUACAAAGAAAGCGUUCGAAAUUAUACUCUAGUUUGUCAUAAAAUGAAUCUAUUUGAUUUAGAACGGGAGCUAUAACAUGUUAUACUUGGAAGAAUAAAGUUGAAAAAAAAUU